AACAUUGAAGCCAAUACCGAGUAUUGCGUGGCAGGCUUCAUCGAGCCUCUAAGAGCUUAUGACGGGCUCUGCGGUCCCCCAAACAACAACGCUACCUGUCUCGGCACCAAAUUUGGCCAGUGCUGUAAUGCAAACACUUUCAAAUGCGGCAACUCUCCAGAAGACUGUGCAGACGGAACCUGCUACGAAGGCGCAUGUGCAGGAGAUUCUGUCUACACCACAGACGGCAAUUGCGGCAGUGAGCAUGGCUAUAAGAUGUGUGCUGGUGUAUGGGGCGAUUGCUGCAACGCAGCCGGAAGAUGUGGUACUGGCCCUUCAUUUUGCGGAUACGGCAUGUGCCAACUGGGAAAUUGUUCCCCUAGUCCAUCUUCAUCGACAACCACCACCACGUCAAAAAGCUCAACCUCGACCUCAACCACCACGACCAAGCCAACAUCCACCAGCAGCCCUAAAACCACCACCUCCAACCCCGCUACUAAAACGAGUUCAGCCACGACACCCAAAUCGAGCACCGCGGCAACCACUACUAGCAUGAAACCUCCUAGCACUACAAUCCCCGGUCUAGCUGCUUUGCCCUCAUGUGGCCAGACGUGCUUCAACAACAUGCUUGCUCAAUAUUCCACCCUGGGAUGUGCCGCUCUAGACGGAUACUGUCUAUGCAACAACGUCAACUUUAAGAAUGGCAUUCGCGAUUGUUCAAACGGGGCCUGUGGAACUGCUGUUGGCAGUACUGUGAUCGCUUUCGGAGAUGCAUAUUGCUCCACGGCUUUCGCUACGCACAUCGCCACGGCCACCGGCGUGGCUGCUCUGCCCUCUUGCGGUCAGACGUGCUUCAACAAUAUGGUGGCUCAGUAUUCGGCUCUGGGUUGCGCUAGUCCCGCGCCGUCUUGUUUGUGCAAGAAUGCCAACUUUGGAUACGGCCUGAGAGAUUGUUCAAAUGGCGCAUGUGGGACGGCAGUUGCUUCGAGUGUAAUUGCGUACGGAAGUUCAUAUUGUGCGUCUGCAACCGCU